GCGAACUUCCGGGAACAGUUGUUUGGAUAAUGGCGGACCGUCAAAUUUAGCCAACGGUCUUCUUAACUUAUCAUUUAAGCCGGGAAACGGACACCAAAAGGCGGGUAGUGGGCACCGUAUACUUUUAGGUUUAGUGUUGUUCAGAAUCUCCAGGUGACCGAUGUGUCCAGCAGUCUGGAAUAAAAAGAGCACUCAUGUAUCUCUGAAUAAAGCUGCUGGAAGGUUGGCAUAGCGAUGUGGAGUCGCUUGCAAAGUGAGGCUGGGCCGGCAGCCGGCGUCUCCUCCCAGUCUGUCCUUGCUGGGCCAGACAACAGGAGAGAGAUAUCACAUGCCUGGAAUAGUCUAAACCAGACCAAGGCAGCAUUACGUCACAUUGAGAACCGUCUGGAGGCAGCACCAGGUACAGGAGUGCUUCUGGAUUCGGUGCUGGAAACAAAAAAAUCAUCUGUUAGUGGCAGACGGAAAAUAAGACGCAGAGAUGGGCAUCAUAUGGAGGAAAGUGGGUCCAAGUCCAGAACCCGGAGUCGUCGUAGUCCAGACAAAAGUUCCCGCAGUCCCCUAAGGAACAGCACUCUGGACAACAACACCAUGAGGCCCAGCGCUGUGGAGUUCAGAGAACCACUCGCUUCAUACAGGGAAGCAUCUCCACUGCCAGUGUCACAGACCCACUCUGAACCAGACGCCCUGUUGUUACCAACGGAGAUGGGCGUCUCUCACCCAGAUCUUUCUUUAAGCCAACUGAUUUGUCAGCAGGACACCAGAGACAUGCAGAAUGCAGAGCUGGACAGCACACGCUCCUCAGCAGUAGACAGCACAUCUGUACGCUACCUCAACGAUCUGUCUGCUCUCAGUGCUAUUCAUGAGCCAGAUCCACCCACGUCAUUGUCAGAGGUUAAGCCCAGAACACACUUACAGGGUGAGACAUCUUGUGCUUCCUCAGCGUCCAGCCCGGGCUCUGUCUCACAGCGGUUGGAGAGCCUCCGACGGUGGCUACCUAAUGAACAACUUAAUGAAAAAAUCUGCAGACAUAUGGGACAUUUGGAAGAAACGUCAAAUAGGAAUAACCUGCGGGGGUAUCUAGAGCAGCCUGUGGGAAUUGGGGCAGCGGGACACACUACUGUACCCACUGUAAAAGUUCGUAAAGUGGCCCGAGCUCCUCCGGCACCCAUUUAUAAAGGAUUUAACACCAGUGAGACGAAGAUUCGCACACCUAAUGGGAAAGUGUGGGCAGAAGAGGACAUCCAGAGCUUUAGCCGGGAAAUAUACAAAGACCUUACACAACGUCUCACAGCAGACAGCACAAAACCAAAGCAGAGAUCUGCAGAGCUAGAGAGGACAAAAGAGAAAAAAACAUCCAAACCUGUCAGGAAAGUGCACAGGUCUUCUUCAGCACCAGACUCGAACGCUAAACCAGCGAUCAGCACGUCAGCAUGGCGAGAUGGGCAGAAGCUAGUGAAGAUGAUGCUUGGGCCUGCGCCACGGAUACCCAGCGAGCCUCGGGCACAGUCCACAGAGAGACAGACGAGAACAGACCCUGCCCUUCGGUCCGCCUCUGAUACUCGUCUGGAGCGGGGUCGACGUUCAAGACCCAACAGCACAGAAAAACCUUGCAAUCAAGAACUUCCCAUGGAGCCGGCUGGGCUCUCCAGAUCAGCAGGGGGAGCUAGAGGAAUGUCUCCCAGUACUGACCUGCUCUCCGCUGACAUCCGUAGCAUUCUAGAUGACCUGCAGUUAGGAGAUGGAAGCAGCAGGACGGUGGAGCCCAGGGUACGUUCCUCAACUCGGGUGUCCCGCAGUACCAGUCCUGCCAAGACGGCCAAGAGGGCAGAACAGCUUGAGCAGCCAGUGCAGAAGAAGCGGCACUAUGACGCAGAGGCAGUGCGCAUGUACAUCACUCAGAAACAGGAAGAGCGUAAAAAGCGGCAAGCGGAGGAGAGGAAAGCUCAGAGGGAGGAGGAAGAGAAGAGGAAUAAAAGGUUACAAGAGCUCUAUAGGAGACAAAGAGCAGGGGCCGUAAGGGGCCCAGUUGCACCUGCAGGGCCAAUAAAGAAACGGCUUCAUGAAACCUACACUAAACUACUGCUGGAACAGACUCAGCUCGUGGAAGAGAUCAACGCUGCUGCUGCUGCAGCUGAGGCUGCUGCUGUGACAGAAAUCACACCGAGGCAUAGACCAGCAUAUCAGCCGUCUGGAGAAUCUGAUAAAGAAAACAAAAGACACGAUCGACCUCAGAGCACCACCUCCAGCAGCGAUCUGUCCCUUCCGGAGCAAUACCAGCCCCCGUUCUCUAGGAAUGAGUUGGGAUUUGCAGGGUCAUCCUGGCUUCAGUCUGACCACCGUAAUACUCUAAUAAUGGGCAGCAACUCUUUGGCGCCCCCCUCUGGCCACAUCUUUUCUCAGCUCUUGGAACUUGAUGCAGACCCUUCAAGACCUGAAAGGGGAUCCAGAUCUGCACCUCUUGCAUUUUCUUCAGACACAGGGCGGAAAAUGAGCCGCAUCGAGGCCCUCAAGGCCACCGCUGCCUCACUGUCAAGCCGUAUAGAGAGUGAGGCACGUAAAUUAGCCGGUACCGGAAUAAACUACGGUUGUGCCAGAGAUAUGGGCACAGGUCUUUCGCUCCCAACCGAUCACCGCUGGGCGAUCCCUGUCAGUCCACCUGUCAGAGAGAAUCCAAUAGAUUCUGGGGAUCUGGAGAAGAGGAUUCAAAGACUGCUCGCUGGAGGUCAAAGCACCUAUGAAGAUGCGUUACCAGGUGUGGGCAACCUACACAGCUUCAGGAAGAGGACGUCACAAGGGGACAAACCUCCUCCGAAGGCUGAUGCCCAAGAAGUUGCUUUAGACUCAAGUGGAGGUUCUAUCAGUGAAGGUCCUCUGCUGAGUGAAGGAAGCAUGUCGGAAGAUGAGGAUGCCCUGCAAGAACUGCCCAGUUCCAGUAACAGAGUGGGAAACACAGGAUACAGUGCAGUUCUUCGGAAUGGUGACCCAAUUUCACACUUCCAGAAAGAGGCAGAGAAGCACCUUCCGUUUAGUCCAUCCACUUUGGUACGAGAGAGCAAUGGACCGUGGGAAGAACUUGCCAAAGGGAGCCCACAUAGUGUUAUCAACAUUUUCACCAAGAACAUGCCCAGUUAUGGCAAAAUGUUUGAAGAGAGGGGAGGGAAGAGUUCACCAGCCGUCCGCUCUGGUGCCAACUCAUUGGAUGAAAUGGCUUAUGAGGAUGACUUCAUUUACUCCCGUGGCAGUAGCCAAUCAGCAUCCAAGAGAAGUCCUAACAGCCUCAGUAAUGGCUACGGUCACUUCAGUCCCCUUGAUGAGAUGCUCAGCGGUAGAUCUGCAUGUGAUAAGAGAGGUGGAGAGAGAUCUCACCGUUCACCCAACAUCACACCUCUCUCUUCCCCACACUCUGCCAGCUCAGGAAGCAAAAGAGCCUCAGAAAGGAGCCUGCUGGAGGAGCAUAGAAACACAUUCUCGGCUGUAUCUGAUAUCCCUGCUGAGGGUUUUAACAGGAAUGGCUCAAAGAAAUCAUCCAGUCGCAGCUCUAACAGAAGCAUGGAUACAGACAGCACACUAGGGGGCGCCUCAGUCCACUCCAUCCACAGUCUUUCCUUUGAUGGAAAGAAAUCUCCCAGAAGCCCCAGUGUGACACCUGCUGCUGGUUCUCCAGCCGGCUCUGGUUCUUCACGGCUGUCUCGGGGUGAUGGUACCCCAAUCAAAGGGUCUGCCCAUGGUUUAAGCCCUACACACACUGCCCUGCCUAGUUCCUCCUCAUCCUCCUCUUCAGUCGUCAGAGCUAAAUCCAACCCAUCGUCUCACACCCCCAGAGCAGAGCACAGGACUCCAGCCUCAGCAGAGCUGCAGUUUGCUCCUGGGGUCCUGCAGCAGCGACUGUCUGCCGAGCUCUGUUAUCUGGAAGCGGUAGAAGAGUCAGUGCGACAGCUCAGUGAUGUGGAGAGAGUAAGAGGCGUGUCUCUCGCUCAACAGGAAACGGUUUCACUCGCUCAGAUUCUAAAGUCCCAUCAGCAAAGGCAUGAGCAUGAGCUGAACCUGCUGAGGAUGAAGGCGGAGCAAGAAGCUCUGGAAACACACCGUCAGCUGGAGGAGAGCAGGCAGAGAGCGUCGCGGGCCCAUGCCGAGCUGCAGGAGAGUUUUCUUCAGUCUCAACAGCAGGUGUUAGGAGGCCUCCAUGAGUCCACGAACAAGAUGAUCCAUCAGCAGGCACAGGCUACGCGGCAUACAGCUGAAACGGCUCGACACAUUAAAGAAAUGACUGAACUGGCUCGAUCACAGAUUACAGGAUUAUUGAGUGUUCCUGGCUCCUCUCUUACACCUCUGUGCGACCAGCAAAAACAGCACAACCACAGCCCGAAACAGCUUCAGACAGACCCCCACACGGACAGCUUAAAGAACGAUCCGUCUCGAGACUCAGAGACUGAGACACCACCAGACAGCCUUUCAGGGUCCAUCCCUUCUAGGAGACCCACCAUCAGCGGUGGCGGCAGCAGUAGCACCCAGUUGAGUCCAUCUCGAUCCGAUCAGAAGGAGAAGAGGGAGAAAGACAGAAGCAGCAGCAGUUCAGUGGAGGAUCUGGCUCACACAGCUGCCGAUGAGUCCUUGCGCUCUGACAGCAUUCACAGCCUGCUUGAGGAGAAAGGGGACAGCGCCUCAAUCGCCACAGAGUACUCUGUAAAGUUUGAGGACUCGAUGACUGAGGAUGAGAUCGAGGAAAAAUCAUUCCGCUCUCUACUGCCGUCGGAGGCCCAUCGUCGUGAAUCGCUGGACAGGAAACCCAGUCCUCAUCCUGACUCUGAUGACGACCACCGCCAUGACAGAACCAGCCCCAGAGAGAGUUCAAAGCAGGAUGGCAGCACGCCUUUCUCCAGCGGUCAGGGCAGCUUCUCCAAGUUCACCAUGGACCUGGUGCGUCAAUACAUGAAAGAGGAGGAGGUUCGCGCUCAGCACCAGAAUUCACUGCUUCGUCCGCAGAAAGCCCUCAGAGAAAAGACCAAAGCUGAACUGGCCUGGCUGGAACAUCAAAAGAGGCGUCUCCGAGAUAAAGGAGAAGACGAUAAGAUGCCACCCCUACGUAAAAGACAGAGAGGCCUAAUAAUGAAACUCCAACAGGAACAGGCGGAGAUUAAACGGCUGCAGGAGGCCAAUAAAGCAGCGAGGAGAGAGAGACAGUUGCUCCUCAAACAGCAGGAGGAGAUCGAGAGAAUGAGACACUCGACCCUCAGGUUGAAAGAGCGACUGAAAAAAUCAGGAGACGCAAACCUGGAAUCAUCUGUGUCAGGUGUGGUAGAGGAGUCUGCUCCGCCCAGUGUCAUAGUAACAGAUGCAGAGACACGGAGCCCCUCCCCCAUGUCUGUUUCAGGCAGUGAAACCAGCAGCAUAAUGCAGAAACUGAAAAAGAUGCGCAUUCACAUGGAUGAGAAACACUGCUCUCCUGUCCAUUAUUUCUUCUCUGUCUUCACGGCUCAUCAUUGGGCCUGUCUGUCUGUCUGUCUCCCAAAACUCCACCCCAAAUUCCAGCUCUUUAUCUACAGCCAAUUGGUCAGGUUUCUCACUAAGAGAGAGCAGCAGUUGAUGCAGAGACGCAAACAUGCAGAAGAACUGUUGGAGUGGCGACAGCGUUUGGAUGCAGAGGAAGCAGAUGUGCGACGUAUGGAGAAACAGGCCCUCGCGGCCUGGGAGAAACAGCAGCAGGCACACAGCCGGGAGAGCGAACGCAAAGCAGGCAGUGAGGAUGACUCCCCGGCCUUGUCAGUGUCUAGCGUGCACACAGAUCUGUCUGUUCCAGAGCAGUUGGCCAGUCUUUCUUCAAACCGUCCCCUCUCGGAGGUCCCCUCCCCGCAUAUGCCCAGCAGCCCUGCUCCUGAUAACAUCUACUCACCUGAGUUCCACACUUCAGACAGCAAACAGUCUCCUCAAGGGAAAGCCAGCCUUAGCUCUGUUCGACAUCCAGACAGUAGUCAGACUGGCACUGUCGUGAGUCCCAGCGGAAGCGGCAGUAGGAUGCAGGUGCACUCUGGCUUUAGGAGCAGUGACCCUCACAUCAGUGACCCCCAUUCGGCCACUCUAUCCGAAACCGUAUCAGAUCAGAGUGAUAUUGAGAGCCGCAUUCACGCCCUCAAGGAUGAGCUCCGUAAGCGCAAAACGGUGGUCUACCAGCUGAAGAAAGAGCAGAAGAAAAGACAUAAAGAACGGCUGAAGGCUCAGGAGGCUAGUCUGCUGAAACAGCUCGAGUCAUACAAUGACUUCAUUCAGAAGACCAAGGCUGAGCUGAGUAAAGAGCCUGACAACACUCCAACUACUAAACCCCAGAUUAAAACUCCCACGUCAGGCACUGAAAAGCCUAGAAUAAAACCUCCUCCUCUUCAGAGGCACGAGACUAGCAAAAACUGGAAGAUUGUCACAGAGUCUGAGAAAUCGGUGCCCAUAGAGACAUCAACUGAGAAAGAUGAUGUUGGACCAUCAGAAAAUCACACAUCGCAACUUGAGGACGUUACCUCAGACGAAGAUCCUCCUACUGUUACCCCAACCCCAGUUGUUGGAAGUCCAGAACAUAUGAAUGAUUUGAGGAGCUUGCAGAGUCCAGACUUGCCUAGCCACCAUUUAGAGGAUGCACCUCCACUUAUAGAGCAUUCAGUUAGAACAGGAGCUGGUGACCACCUCUCAGGAGAUGAGAGCUUGGUCUCUAGCCAAAAGUCAGAUAUCAUGGAGGAGCUGGAGUAUGUCCAGUCAGAAGUGUCCGAGAGUGACAUCUCUGACCAGCACUCUGAUCUUUUGCUUAAACUGGAUCUUAAUUCUAAGAUCUUAAAGGAUGUGGACAUUAAAACUGAAGAGGAAAGAUUGUCUGGGAAGGAUGAAGACCCAGCAUUUCAAGUUGUUGGAGAUGUUGGAGAGAACUCCAGAUUUGAAAUGGACACUAUUGCAUCUCCUGCUGAGGAAUCAAAAGAUCUAGACUUCCUGUUAGCUGAGAAGAGUCCGUCAGUCAUGGAUCGUUCAAACACCCCUGAAUUCAUGUUGUCCAAGAAAGACGAUUCACCAAAUAUCAAAGAAACACCGUCUCCUGGUGAUGGCUAUAAUGAUGACUUUGAGUCUUCUUUUGAAUCAUUCAAGGAGGAUAUCCAUGAAUCAAACCCUGCAUCACCUUCUUUUCCAGAGCCCAAGAAUUCGUCUUACAAGUCCCCUACGUACAGUAGCGAAGAGGAAAUUGAAGAAGAACUAAGUAUCCGAUCAGGAAGUACUAAUGAGAGCUUCCAAGCUGAAGGUCAGGCUGACCUGACCUCCAAAGAGGAUGUCUUCAGCCCCUCAAAAUGUCCAACUUCUCCUCAAGAGCCAACCUUGCCAAUCAAUGAUGAGUUGCCAAGCUUCUGUGUUGGAGACAGAGUUCUGGUGAGUAACGUACAACCAGGAACCCUAAGAUUUAAAGGACCAACCAACUUUGCCAAUGGAUUUUGGGCUGGGGUUGAACUGGACAACCCUGAGGGAAGUAAUAAAGGAACUUAUGAUGGGGUUGUGUACUUUGAGUGUCAGGAAAACCAUGGAAUAUUCGCCCCACCAGACAAGAUCUCUCGUCUUCCAGAGAAGUUUGAGGCCAGCGCGGAUACAGAAGAUAAAGAUUCUUCAUUUGAUGAUCAACUGAACAACAAACCCAAUCGCUCAGAGAAGAAGGAAGAGCAUAGAAAUCUCCAAAACAUGGAAGGACAAACAUCUGACGUAGAGUUGCAUCCCGAGAGCAAAGAACCUUCUGGUGAGCUGUUUAAACCCGACAACAAACAGCAUAACCUGGAUUCGAAUGAUAUUAACUGCAAUAUUGAGGACUUUGACAAUCGUUCACACACUCUGCUUAAUGGCAGAGGCAUCAUUCUGGAAUUUGGGGAAGCAUCAGUUGAUGACGAGGUUCCGUUCCUAAAUUAUUUGGAUAAAGGGUCGUCUAAAAAACAAAAGCAGGAUAAUGAACAAACAGCAGUCAUUUUGGACCUGUUAGAAGAGGAUGAGAAAUCCAGAGUCGACGGCCUUCCAAAAUCUACAGAUAUAUCUAUUGAGGAGGCCAGUAUUGAUACGAGAGAGGACUUGAAUAACAAAAGAUCUUUGACCACCCUUGCGGAUAAACUGGUGGAAAACUUUUUAAGUGACGCUGUGAAGCAAUUCCAGAAGAUCAAGAAAGAUAAAGAGGAGAAGUUAUCAGCUGCUAAUCAGUUGAAAAGAGACUUCAUCAAUGAAGAUGAUGGACUUAGGAGCAACAACUUUAAGUCUCAGAAUAGAUCCAACUCAAGGACAGACAACUUCCGCACUUUCUUUGAUGAAGACCAGGCAGAACUUUCAUCUCCUGAGCAUUGCAACAGACCCGAAAGCCCCUUCUUGGGUACAAGUGGACAGGAAGAGCUAGCUAAACGUCUGACGGAGCUCGAGCUGAGCCGUGAGCUCUUCGAUAGCCUCGGAGACGAUCAAGACUGGUUCGAUGAGGAUUUCGGUCUCAGUUCACGGAAACAACAACAACAGAAACAAAAACAGCAGAAAGAUGGGAUUUCUACUUCUCUGAGUUCUGGGGAGCAAGCCAAAACGCCACCGAGGCCUGAGCUUCCCUUGCAGAUGAAACAACCAGAAGAGCCCGCUAUGAUUGUUCCUCACACUGUCCCGGAUGUGAAGAAACUGGUCAGUGCAGCCACACAAGAGAUCUGGAAAAGCUGCAAGCUGGGUAAUGGUAGACCAAGUCUGGCUGGAGUACCUAAACCUCAACCUUCCAAUAAUUUUCUGGGAGAAGAUGCCAAAGCCAAUGACCAGGAAUCUCAGUGCAAACAAAGCUACAAACUGGCCGUCUUUGAUUUGUCAUGGGAGGUCAUUAAAGACAUCUAUGCAGAAGAUCCAAAAGUUGAUCAGCCACAAUGGAUGAAGCCACAUCGCCUUAAUUCCAGCUACUUCCAUCGAGUGAAAUGCCCCAAUGACAUCACGACAGUUCAGGAAUUUGUUACCACUGAGGUAUUAAAGUUGUGUGGUCUAAGAAAAGAACAGAAUCAAAAAACAGACUGGCAGAAGAUGAUCAAAUUUGGCCGUAAGAAACGAGACCGAGUUGACCACAUUCUAGUCCAGGAGUUGCAUGAGGAGGAAUCUCAGUGGGUGAACUACGACGAGGAUGAACUUUUUGUAAAGAUGCAGCUAGCUGAUGGGAUUUUUGAUGCCUUGCUUAAAGACACAGCUGACGUUCUUACGCAAAUCCAAGAGAAUCGAUCCAAAAGAACUCUCUGAUGAUGCUCUGUACAGAGAUAUCCUUUUAGGUACCUUCUGUUGUAAGCCGGGCCUUGGCAUAAACAGAUAUUUAGUGGGGAAUUCCCCUCGAGUCUGCUUCAAAGUCCAUGACAAGACAUAGUGAAUUCCAAUCACAAGGCAUCUUAUCAGCAAGUCAAAUCUUUCUGAAGAUGGUGGAGAUAUUCUCCUGAAUCCAGCUACUCGCGAUACUGUGUUAAUUGUAGAAGCUGCUUGGGUCCAAAUUCCCCAUACUGUGUCUGUUCAUCGUUGCUGCUAAAACUGGCUCUGCCAUUCUCAAGUCUCAAAACCAAGGGUCAGAUCAAAUCAGGACAGACCUGAAGACUAACAGACUUUUUAAAAAACAGUUGUUUAAUUCAUUUAGAUUGUAUCAUAAAUAUGCUUACCAUUAAAUCUAUUAAUUUAUUUAAAAGUAACAAUUGAAUUCUAAAGAAAUGUUGAAUAGUGUGUGAAGAAAAGAGAUUAUUUUACCCUUUUACGCAGCUGCAGAAGCACAAUAAGUAAAAUAUGAAUGUCAAAAUGGCAAUACAAUGUAAAGGAAUUUGAUGCAAGAUAAUGAUGAAUGCAAAUGAUAUUUAACUGUAUGCUUUGUGAAGGCAGAAAGAAACAAUGUCCUUAUGCUGUAAUGCUGUACUGACAACAGAUACAACAACCGUUACCAGAAAUGUUAUCCUAACUGUGCAGAACACGGUCAUGCUGGAUUCUAGCCUUAACAUUUGCCUUUCCCAUUUAUUUUCCCAUUCGUCCCAUUAAGUGCCUCAAUGGUUAUUUGUUUGCUCAUACAGGGGCGACAUUUCCCUUACUUCCUUUAGUGUCCUUUUGGCUUUAAUCUAGUCUUAACUCUUAUUUCUUCAUACAGUAGCUGGAUAAACCUCUAAUGCUGUAAGGUGUACAUUUCUGCCUUACUUUGUGUCCACCAUCACAACUUUUUCAAGUAAAAUGUUGUUUUUUAAGAAACAAUUGUGCAAGGAAAAGAUGAACGGUAGUAUUUGAAUCUGUCUGGCACAAGGACAAAUUGGUUUACUUUUAAGAAAAGGAAGUGUUUUACUCAUUGUGUACCUUUUGGGCUAACUUUCCAAUGGCUCAGCACAUCCGACCUGUCUUUGGAAACAGAUCUUGCUAUACUGUGAUGUACAUAUUUGUUUGUAAAUCAGUCUCCAUAAUGUUCCUGGUCUGAAUUUGUAUAAGGUUUUUAAUGAACUGUAAAACGUCCCACACCUCUCUCACAGCUGAGCCAGUCUGUCCAAUAGAGACCUGUAGAGGGUAGAUGUAGAGAAUUUUGUGGUUUGUCAUCUAUGCAGUAACCGUUUCUAAAACCCAGCAUCAAAAUGUCAAUGAUUCGAAGCAUGUCUGUGUCACCCAGCGGGCAGAGCUACUUAUAUAGGUAACGCAGAUCUCUACCUCCUUCAGAGAAUAGGCCGCUACUAAAAAUCUGUCUUCUUGGCUAUAACUCUCUGCCUUUCGGGUCAGUUAGGAUUUGUGUGGCACAAAUGGUUUGAUAAUCAGUUUCUACUUUUAAAUUGGUAGAUCAUAGAAAUGUUUUCCAUCCCUUAUGUGUAUGUAUAUUUAUAAUGAGGUAUUGUGAGAGACGGAGGUGCACUUUGUAAAUUGUUUAACCUGUGUAAAUAGUCGACUCUAAUCUCCUGUGAGUAGACUCAUGGAAGAUUGUUGUGAAAAUGGGUAUUUCCUUUUGCUUCCAUGUACAUAGAUAUAUUUGUUAACAAACUGAUUCUUUAGAAAUUGUGAAUAAAAAAUCUCAUUUCUCAGUCA